CUGCAUGUAUGAUAUUUCGACUCCCAGGUAAGGAAGGAUUGACACCAGCAGGGCCUGCACGGACAGCCAGCAGAACAAAGAACCUCAUUCCCCGUUCAAGGCCAACAACGGUCCCUGCUCCGCCUGGGAGACUCUCCCAUUCCAGUGCUUGCCCCGAGCUCUUCCGCGACCGACCGGCCGACCGACCGAACGACUAACCCUCACCAUCCAUUCCAUGCAACUCACAGUCACCUGUUAGUGGCACUUGCCCUCACCAAGCUCACAGAACAAAGUGCUUCCCUUUAACAAUCACGACCCUGUUUGGACGGGUGAACAGACCAUUUGAUGCAAGUGAGAUUCCAAUUCGCUGCCUCUCAUUCCUCCGAGAAAAUAAUCAUUGCACCAUCCUUCUGAAGCAGCA